AUGGCUGCGGAGUACGACACGGAGAAGCACAGCGAUGAGAAGGCGACCUCUCUGUCUUCGAACGACGAGGCGCGGGUGCGGGAGAUCGAGGCCGACGGUAUCUAUGCGCGUGAGGAACUGCUUGACCCCGCCAAGGAGGAGACCCUCCAUCGUGGGCUUUCUGCACGGCAGAUUCAGAUGAUCGCGCUUGGCGGUGCGGUUGGUACAGGUCUCAUCAUUGGCUCGGGCACGGCCCUUGUGCGCGGCGGCCCGCUGGGAAUGUUCCUAGGAUACAGCUUCGUCGGCGUGGUGUGCUACAUGGUCAUGGUUGCCCUUGGAGAAAUGAGUGCGUACUUGCCGCACAAGAAAGGCUUCCCGGGCUAUGCGACUCGAUUUGUGGACCCGUCUUUCGGCUUUGCUUUGGGGUUCAACUAUUUGUUCAAGUAUCUGAUCAUUACGCCGAAUAACAUCAACGCUGCUGGUAUUGUAAUACAAUACUGGAAUCAAAAGGUCAAUAUCGCAGUGUGGAUGGUCUUCCUAGUAAACCUUCUCGGCGUACGAGUCUUUGGCGAACUUGAGUUCUGGUUCAGCAGCAUCAAGAUCAUCACCCUUGUUGGCCUUAUCCUCAUGGGCAUCAUCAUCGACCUCGGAGGGAACCCACACCAUGACCGCUAUGGCUUCCGCUUUUGGAAGCAUCCGUACGGCCCGAUGGGUACCUACCUGCAAUCGCAAGUGCACAAUGGACACCUGGCAAUCUUCCUAGGCUUCUGGAGCACACUCACGAACGCACUCUUCGCAUAUAUCGGUACUGAGCUGAUUGGUGUUACCGUUGGUGAGGCACAGAACCCGAGCAAGAACAUCCCGAGGGCAAUCAAGAGGACGUUCUGCGCAAUCUUUGUGGCGAACAAAGCGAAGACUGGUGCUGCAGCGUCGCCCUUCGUCGUCGCCACUACUUUGGCGGGCAUCAAGGUGCUCAACCACGUCAUCAACGCUUGCAUUCUGCUCUUCGUCCUGAGUGCGGCCAACUCAGACUUGUACAUCGGCUCACGUACGCUCUAUGGUCUGGCUGCCGAGGGCAAAGCGCCGCGCAUCUUUGCUAGGGUGAACCGGAUGGGUGUGCCAUACGUUUCACUCGGUCUCUGCACACUGGUCUGUGGAAUAGUAUUUUUGAAUGUCUCGUCAUCCAGUGCAAAAGUUUUUGGCUGGUUCGUCAACCUCGUUUCUGCGUUCGGAGCGAUCACAUGGAUGUGUAUUUGCUACACGCACAUCCGCUUUAUGAAGGCCCUCAAGAUACAAGGGAGGUCGCGCGACGAUCUGCCAUACAAGGCCCCUUUCCAGCCCUACGGCUCGUGGUUCGCAAUCAUUGCGACAGGCAUCAUUUUGUUCUUCAAGGGCUUCGACUCGUUUCUUCCCUUCAAUAAGGCCAACUUCGUCACGAACUACAUCGCGAUCCCAAUAUUUUUCAUCUUCUGGAUUGGCUACAAGCUGUUCUAUCGAACGAAGGUCAUCCCGCUCGUCAGGGUUGAUGUUGACACUGGUAGAAAGGAAAUUUUGGAGGAGGAGGAGCGGUUCCGGGAGCAGGAGGCAUUGAAAGGUCCCCAAACCAGAUGGCAGAAGAUCCUUUCUGAGUUCUGA